AUGACUCAUCAUGGGAUAUCUGGGAUAAUAUCUGUGAUAGUGUCUGUGAUAGUAUCUGUGAUAGUAUCUGUUAUAGUGUCUGUGAUAGUAUCUGUGAUAGUAUAUGUGAUAGUGUCUGUGAUUGUGUCUGUGACAGUAUCUGUGAUAGUGUCUGUGAUAAUAUCUGUGAUAGUGUAUGUGAUAAUAUCUGUGAUAAUAUCUGUGAUAGUUAUCUGUUUUAGUAUCUGUGAUAGUAUCUGCGAUAGUAUCUGUGAUAGUGUCUGUGAUAGUGUCUGUAAUAGUAUAUGUGAUAAUAUCUGUGAUAAUAUCUGUGAUAGUAUCUGUGAUAGUGUCUGUGAUUGUGUCUGUGAUAGCAUGUGUCAUAGCAUUUGUGAUAGUGUCUGUGAUAGUAUCUGUGAUAGCAAGUUUGAUAGUGUCUGUGAUAGCAUCUGUGAUAGUAUCUGUGAUAGUAUCAGUGAUAGUAUCAGUGAUAGAUCUGUGAUAGUUAUCUGUGAUAGUAUCUGCGAUAGUGUCUCUGAUAGUGUCUCUGAUAGUGUCUCUGAUGGUAUCUGUGAUAGUAUAUGUGAUAGAAUCAGUGAUAGUAUCUGUGAUAGUAUCAGUGAUAGUAUCCGUGAUAGUAUCCGUGAUAGUAUCAGUGAUAGUAUCAGUGAUAGAUCUGUGAUAGUUGACUGUGAUAGUGUCUGUGAUAAUAUCUGUGAUAAUAUUUGUGAUAUUAACUGUGAUAAUAUCUGUGAUAGUGUCUGUGAUAGUAUCUGUGAUAGUAACUGUGAUGUUGUCUGUGAUAGUAUCUGUUUUGGUAUCUGGGAUGGUAUCUGUGAUAGUAUCUGUGAUAGUAUCUGUGAUAGUAUCUGUGAUAAUAUCUGUGACAAUAUAUGUGAUAGUAUCUGUGAUAGUGUCUGUGAGUAUGUAAUAGUAUCUGUGAUAGUGUAUGUGAUAGUGUCUGUGAUAGUAUCUGUUAUAGUUUCUGUGAUAGUGUCUGUGAUAGUAUCUGUGAUAGUGUAUGUGAUAGUGUCUGUGAUAGUGUCUGUGAUAGUAUCUGUGAUAGUGUCUGUGAUAGUGUCUGUGAUAGUGUCUGUGACAGUGUCUGUGAUAGUGUCUGUGAUAGUAUCUGUGAUAGUGUCUGAGAUAGCGUCUGUGAUAGUGUCUGUGAUAGUGUCUGUGAUAGUAUCUGUGAUAGUGUCUGUGAUAGUAUCUGUGAUAGUGUCUGAGAUAGCGUCUGUGAUAGUGUCUGUGAUAGUGUCUGUGAUAGUAUCUGUGAUAGUGUCUGUGAUAGUAUCUGUGAUAGUGUCUGUGAUAGUGUCUGUGAUAGUGUCUGUGAUAAUAUCUGUGAUAGUUGUAUGUGAUAGUGUCUGUGAUAGUAUCUGUAAUAGUUUCUGUGAUAGUGUCUGUGAUAGUAUCUGUGAUAGUGUCUGUGAUAGUGUCUGUGAUAGUGUCUGUGAUAGUAUCUGUGAUAGUGUCUGUUAUAGUGUCUGUGAUAGUGUCUGUGAUAGUAUCUGUAAUAGUAACUGUGAUAAUGUCUGUGAUAGUAUCUGUUUUGGUAUCUGGGAUGGUAACUGUGAUGGUAUCUGUGAUAGUAUCUGUGAUAGUGUCUGUGAUAGUGUCUGUGAUAGUGUCUGUGAUAGCAUCUGUGAUAGUGUCUGUGAUAGUGUCUGUGAUAGUGUCUGUUAUAGUAUCUGUGAUAGUGUCUGUGAUAGUUUUAGGAUAGUGUCUGUGAUAGUGUCUGUGAUAGUGUCUGUGAUAGUGUCUGUGAUAGUGUCUGUGAUAGUAUCUGUGAUAGUCUCUGUGAUAGUAUCUGUGAUAGUGUCUGUGAUAGCAUCUGUGAUAGUGUCUGUGAUAGCAUCUGUGAUAGUGUCUGUGAUAGUGUCUGUGAUAGUGUCUGUGAUAGUGUCUGUGAUAGCGUCUGUGAUAGUGUCUGUGAUAGUAUCUGUGAUAGUGUCUGUGAUAAUAUCUGUGAUAGUGUCUGUGAUAGUUGUCUGUGAUAGUGUCUGUGAUAGUGUCUGUGAUAGCGUCUGUGAUAGCAUCUGUGAUAGUGUCUGUGAUAGCAUUAUUGAUAGUAUCUGUGAUAGUGUCUGUGAUAGUGUCUGUGAUAGUGUCUGUGAUAGUGUCUGUGAUAGUAUCUGUGAUAUUGUCUGUGAUAGCAUCUGUGAUAGUGUCUGUGAUAGUGUCUGUGAUAGUGUUUGUGAUAGUAUAUGUGAUAGUGUCUGUGAUAGUUUUAGGAUAGUGUCUGUGAUAGUAUCUGUGAUAGUGUCUCUGAUAGUGUCUGUGAUAGUAUCUGUGAUAGUGUCUGUGAUAGCAUCUGUGAUAGUGUCUGUGAUAGCAUCUGUGAUAGUGUCUGUGAUAGUGUCUGUGAUAGUGUCUGUGAUAGUGUCUGUGAUAGUGUCUGUGAUAGUAUCUGUGAUAGUGUCUGUGAUAGCGUCUGUGAUAGUGUCUGUGAUAGUAUCUGUGAUAGUGUCUGUGAUAGUAUCUGUGAUAGUGUCUGUGAUAGUAUCUGUGAUGGUGUCUGUGAUAGUGUCUGUGAUAGUGUCUGUGAUAGUAUCUGUGAUAGUGUCUGUGAUAGUGUCUGUGAUAGUGUCUGUGAUAGCAUCUGUGAUAGUGUCUGUGAUAGCAUCUGUGAUAGCAUCUGUGAUAGUGUCUGUGAUAGCAUCUGUGAUAGUUAUCUGUGAUAGUAUCUGCGAUAGUGUCUCUGAUAGUGUCUCUGAUAGAGUCUCUGAUGGUAUCUGUGAUAGUAUAUGUGAUAGAAUCAGUGAUAGUAUCUGUGAUAGUAUCAGUGAUAGUAUCCGUGAUAGUAUCAGUGAUAGUAUCAGUGAUAGAUCUGUGAUAGUUAUCUGUGAUAGUAUCAGUGAUAGAUAUGUGAUUGUAUAUGUCAUAGUGUCUGCGAUAGUACCAGUGAUAGUGUAUGUGAAAGUGUCUGUGAUAGUAUCUGUUAUAGUAUCUGUUAUAGUGUAUGUGAUAGUAUCUGCGAUAGUAUCUGUGAUAGUAUAUGUGAAAGUGUCUUUGAUUUUGUCUGUGUUAGUGACUGUGAUAGUGUCUGUGAUAAUAUCUGUGAUAAUAUUUGUGAUAUUAACUGUGAUAAUAUCUGUGAUAGUGUCUGUGAUAGUAUCUGUGAUAGUAACUGUGAUGAUGUCUGUGAUAGUAUCUGUUUUGGUAUCUGGGAUGGUAUCUGUGAUAGUGUCUGUGAUAGUGUCUGUGAUAGUGUCUGUGAUAGUGUCUGUGAUAGUGUCUGUGAUAGUAUCUGUGAUAUUGUCUGUGAUAGCAUCUGUGAUAGUGUCUGUGAUAGUGUCUGUGAUAGUGUUUGUGAUAGUAUAUGUGAUAGUAUCUUUGAUAGUGUCUGUGAUAGUAUCUUUGAUAGUGUCUGUGAUAGUGUCUGUGAUAGUGUCUUUUACCCAUGAAAAUGAACUAAAAGGAAACGUUGCUUUACUGAGACUUUGA